AUGGUGUUCUGGGGCCCGUGGCCGGGCACCGGUGACUGCGGUCUCUGGAGGAAGCAAUGGCUACAAGGAUUUACCUCUUCCCCACAGGCACCCAGAAGAGCCCGGAAAAGAGCAGAAGGCACAGCCAGUUCCAACGUCUUCUCAAUGUUUGACCAGUCCCAGAUUCAGGAGUUUAAAGAGGCCUUCACUAUCAUGGACCAGAACCGGGAUGGCUUCAUCGACAAGGAGGACCUGAGGGACACUUUUGCCGCACUGGGUCGCAUAAAUGUCAAGAAUGAAGAGCUGGACGCCAUGGUGAAGGAAGCCCCAGGGCCCAUCAACUUCACAGUCUUCCUGACCAUGUUUGGGGAGAAGCUCAAGGGCACGGACCCAGAAGAGACCAUACUGCAUGCCUUCAAGGUGUUUGAUACUGAAGGAAAAGGCUUCGUCAAGGCUGACUUCAUUAAAGAAAAGCUUAUGACCCAGGCUGACCGGUUCAGUGAGGAGGAGGUCAAGCAGAUGUUUGCAGCUUUCCCUCCUGAUGUCUGUGGCAACUUAGACUACAGGAAUCUGUGCUACGUCAUCACACAUGGCGAGGAGAAGGACUAGAAGGUCUGCCUCCUCCAUACCUGGAGUCAGCCAAGACUGGCUGGGUUGGGGGACCAG